AGAAAAAGCUUCAGCUACACAUCAAGCCUAAAACAAAGGAAAAUAGCAAGACAGCUACAGAAGGUACAUACAGAUGCAGUUUUAAAAUGUUUUCCUAACAUUUCCUUUGCUGCAUGAUAGUAUCACAGAUAAUAUAACGUAUUAACAUAUUAAUGCUUAAUUCAUGUAGCAAUGAAAAAUGUGGUAGAGACCAGUGUUAGUCAGUGAUACAGAAAAGACAAAAAAAAAGUCCAAAGCCUUGGCUGCUUGUUUAAUAAGUGACAUAAUAAUAUACAUAGCCCAAACAUGUCCAGGAUUAAACAUGCUCUAAAAUUACUGGAUAUAAUGUUGCUGUAAAUGUGAAAUCCUCUAAAGAUCAUUUGUUUUUACAGACUUUAAAAACAAUGACUUUCAUAGACUUCUCAUGCACAAAUUCCUUUAGUGAAUCAUAUUCCUUUUUUAACGACUGUAGUGGCAGUCUUUCACUUUUAUCUCUCCACUUAAACUUCAGAAGAAAAGCCAGUAACCGUGAUCAACUGUGAUUCAGGUCAGCGGCAUAUUCAAUCUGUCCAGUCCCAACCCUUACUUUCGGUUCAAAAGGUAAAGACUGGGAAAAAGAGGAGGACAGGGUACAAAAUUAAUUUUCAAGCUGAAUAAUAAACCUAAUUGUUAGUAUUCUUAUUCUCCAUUGUUCAUUGUCUAAACAACAUUUUCAUUCAGAGGAUUGAGAUUUUAUCCAUCUAUCAAGUUUCAGGUUCUUAUGCACGGCAAAGACCCCCUAUGGUUGGAUAUUCUGUCCAUAAAAAUAAUAACACGUUGCACAUUCUCCCCGUGUUUGUGUGGGUUCUCUCCGGGUUUUCCGGCUUCCUCCCACAGUCCAAAGACAUGCAUUAGGUUAAUUGGCCUCUCUCCAUUGCCUGUAGGUAUGAGUGUGUGUGUGAAUGGUUGUAUGUCUCUGUGUUGCCCUGCGAUGGACUGGCGACCCAUCCAGGGUGUACCCCGCCUCUCGCCCAUAGCUGGGUUAGGCUCCAGCACCCCCGCGACCCCGCAUAUAGGAAUAAGCGGCUUGGAAAAUGGAUGGAUGGAUAUUACAGAAUUAGUUAUGUGGAUUAAAUCUGUUGCAGAGGUGUGUCAAUUAAGACAGCCUACAAACAGGAUGUAUUUCAUCCAUCCCAGCUGCUAGCCACCACUUGACCUUAGCCUGGUGUACUUUUUACCGGAGCGGAGACACUGGACGGUUACAGUUUAGUGUUGGAGCGAUGAAGAAGAACAGUGAGGAUAUGGCGCGGUGAAUGAUAACUCCAGCACAGACUUUUAGUCUGAGCCUAUGGAUGAACAUCGAACCCAAUGCUAAGCCUCUGGACUUAAAUGUGCCUAAACUCCAUCGUUCCUGCUGUAAUGGAGACACAAAGCCUGUUGUUCCUCACUGUGGCCUUGCUCAGUGUGCUGAGACCAGUCCUGACAAGGCUCACUCCCAGAGUCUCCUUCCCUGUGGUCCUGGGAGAAGUCUCACCCGCUUUAGCACACCUGAUGUCAGCAACACCACUACACUGCUGCUCAGUGAUGACGGAGACAUGCUGUAUAUUGGAGCCCAGGAUGCUGUGGUAGCCUUGGAUGUCAGCCACAACGAUAUCAUCACACUCAGGAACAAGCUGGACUGGAGCCCUUCAGAUAAAGACCUUGAGCAAUGUUCUAUGAAAGGCAAAAAAAUGGCCGACUGCCCCAACUUCAUUCGUGUGCUGCAGUUUUUGAAUGCCACCCACAUCUACGCCUGUGGCACAUUUGCCUUUAGUCCACGCUGCACCUACGUUAACUCCAAGACAUUGACAAUGAGCACCAAACCUGAUGAAGGCAGAGGUCGCUGUCCCUAUGACCCCUACCAACGCAACACUGCUAUCAUCGUAGAUGGAGAGCUUUACACUGGGACAGUGGCAGACUACAGAGGGAACUGGCCCAUCAUCUCUCGACAUCUCAGUGAGGGCAGGCAUGUUGACCUGAAGUUGGACGAUACUUUGGGCUGGCUGGAAGAUCCAACCUUUGUUAGCUCUACUUUUAUUCCUGAUGAAGAGAAAAUCUAUUUCUUCUUCAGUGAAGUAGGAAGAGAGUACGACUUUAUUGACAAAUUUAUGGUGUCUCGUGUUGCUCAGAUCUGCACAAGCGAUGUUGGGGGCCAGCGCACCCUGCAGCGUCGCUGGACCACAUUUGCAAAAGCUCAGCUACUGUGCCAGGCCGAGGGUGAGCUGCCCUACAAUCUAAUCCAGGACAUAGACAGCCUCCCACCAGCAGAAGGAGCUCCUUCCGAUGACACGUUCUUUUAUGGCCUCUUCACUUCUCAGUGGUCUGUGAACUCUGGAAGGUCAGCGGUUUGUUUGUUCCGCCUUGCUGACAUCAAGUCAGUUUUCUCUGGGAAUUAUAAAGUCCUGAACCGGGACACAUUACAGUGGAGCACACGGGUUCAAGAGAAAGUUGCUAAUCCAGGAGAGUGUGGCCUGCACAAUGCAUCAGACAACGCCCUGCGCUUUGUCAAAGAAAACUUCCUUGCAGACAAUAGCGUGCGUCCAGCUGGAAGGAGUCUGACCAUGGUGUCUGUCGAGCACAAGUACAGUCACCUAAGAGCACAGAGAAUUCAGGCUGCCAACAGAAGAGCCUACACCAUCCUGUUUCUGCUGACAGAGUCUGGGUACCUACACAAAGCGGUGCUGCUGCAGAACGGGGUCCACAUCAUUGAGGAGAUAAAGGUUUUUGAACAGCCUCAAACCGUGAAGAGCCUGGAACUCUCUAUACCCAAGGGUGUGAUAUUUGUUGGCACAUCAGAGGGUGUGGUAAGGGUUCCAACUGCCAACUGCUCUUUCUACUGGACCUGUGCUCAGUGUGUUCUGGCUCAAGACCCUUUCUGUGGUUGGGAUCCUGCCAGCAGGGCAUGUGUGAAGACUUCUAAUAUCCAGACCAGUCUUGCCCAAGAUAUAGACAGAGGAAAUGUUGAUGAGGCAUGCAACAGUGUUUCCUUAACACCCAGAGUCAGAUUUGUUUCAAACAAAAUGCCUGCAGCCUCAUGUCCUGCAGGUGAGCUGGUGUUUGUAUCUCUGAAUGAAGUGGUGCGGCUGCAGUGCCCUGCGGCUUCACGGUUGUCCCAGCAGCUGUGGGAGCGUCCGAACAGCCGUCUGUCCUCAGACUUGUACCUACACUUGGAGGAUGGCAGUCUAAGCUUUGUGGCCACUCCUGCCACACUGGGCCACUACCUCUGCCUGUCCACGGAGAAUGGUUACCAACAGACUAUGGCCAUAUAUCAUGUCAAACAGAGGAGCAGCCCUAAUGCUCCAACCACUUACACCAGACCCCAGACACACACUAUCCCUAUGACACAGACUGUGGCUUGGCCUGGACCUACUUUGCCUAAAAGAACAACAACAAAGCAAGGACAGACUCAGCCAACACUGUCGAGUGAAGAUACUCAAAUCACCACUAGAGAGCUAAAGAGAAAUAUGGCUGUGUGGACACAGAAAUCUGGUUGGAAGAAGGGAGAGUUUUGGGAUGGGGAGACUCAGCUGUGGUCUGGACCCUGCUAUCUAAAGGAGCUGGUGGUUGUAUCAGUUUUGCUGGUUCUGUGUCUCAGUCUCUUAAUAACCUUGCUUUUAUAUACCUUAAGAGAACGCUGCCACAGACGAACGGCCCCUAAUUUAGGAACCCCAACCAGAGACUUAAACAGAAGAACAUCUGUAGUGCAACAAGCCUUUAGAGAGAACCAGUCUGUAAACAAAUGGAAUGGACAGGCCCUACCAAGCAGCCAAGCCAGUGGCAUAGUUUGUAGUGGAGCACUUACAAGCUCAAAUGGACAUUUACCCAACAUCCCCAUAUGAAGUUUCAGGCACUGAAAGUCUUGGGGGACCAGAAGUGAAGGAGUACCAUCCCAAGUAAAACUUUAUCACUGUUUCCAGUGCAAAGUUUUGUUUGCUCAUCUAAAUACAAGGUCCUAUACAAACAAUGUGAGUUUGACAAAGACUUUGAUGCAACAACAUGAAAAAGAAUUUCCUGUGGUUUUUGAAUGCACUUUGUUGCAACAAACACGCAGAACGUUCACUUACAAGAUGUUGAGAUAGAAGAGCAUUAACUGAUUCACUGCAUUGUUUUUUUUUUGUUGUUGUUAUUGUGUGAUUCAUCGCUGGAGACUGCCCUCUGUCCACCAAUGGAAUACUUAUAUGACUUAUUUUGUUUACUUAUCUUGUCAAGUUCAGUGUAGGAAAAAUAUUCAAAUUCCAUCAUUUUCAUUGGCAUGGUUACAUACAAUUAUUUACUGUAGGUAUGAUGUUAGAUUAGAAUUUGAAUUCAGAAAGUGGAGUUGGUGUUUGGGUGAAGGCAUGUGUCCAAAAGGCUUAUCCAUCAUUUGUUUGUAAGCUGAUAUUCCAACUAAACGUGAACGUGCUACAGUACCUAAUUCCUGUGCACAUGCACACUACAUACCAGGCAAACCUGUAUUUAUAUUCCCCUCCAUGUUGACUCGAUGCUGUCCUAUAAUGACAGCAGAGCUGGGUGCCUUAUUUUAUAUUCUACCCACUUCCAUUGAUGACUACUAUUUGUAAGAGAAUGGACACUAUUGCUAUUGGGACCUUGCUUACAUCACCACAAAUUUAUACCAUGAAAAAUGCUGUACAACUGUAGCAACUGCAAUACUUAGUAAAUCAAUGUAGGCUGGAUCACUAGUUAAAUAUCAAAGGAGGUGUCAAACAACUUCUGUUGUGUAUCAGACAGAGUUUCAUGUCACAUAGUCAUCACAGUAUAAAUGUGCUUCAGAUGGACCGAAGAACCCAAAUACACCAAAAAACACACUGUUCAAUCCUUUCUGCAAAUUAUGAUACAGUCGUGUUUGAAAGUUUGUGGACCCAUCUGAGUCUUUCCACAUGGUCAAAAGCAAACUAAAAAUGGGUAGAGUGUUGAUUUUUGUAGACUUGUAACUUCCUGCCUUCCUACUUGUAAAGUCCUUCACAAUACACAAUGAAACUAAUAGUUCAGUAUUCAGUGUUCUUGCGGCACAAGUAUAAACUGCCCAUGUAUGACAGUAUAAGAGGUCAUUAUUUUCUGCAAUAUUUUUUUUACCCUGAACUUGUUUCUGAUCUCUCUGACUAUUUUCAACUCUGUUCUUGGUUUUAUCUUUGUUAAAUUUUUUGUGCAGACGGUAGCAGUAUGCAGUUGAAAAUGCUCCCCUUGUAAUCAAUAUCCCUGACAGGAUUAGACUGAUUGUGAAGAAACAGAUUUUACAACAAAACCUUCCAGAUUCAGCUGAUUUUAGUCCUCUUUUACUGAAAUACCUGGUUUUCCCUCUAAAACUGAAACUGAAUACUGUAGGUAUUUACAAUGAAUGAUUUGAUCAUUUUUUUUAAAUAAAAUAUUUGAUGCACAAAUUCUGUCAUUUGUUUAACUAAUUUAAAGUUGUAUCUAAAUUCACAAACAUAUAUUGCCUUUCUCACCGACCAAUUUACAUAAUAAAUUUACAAGUAUGCAAAAAUGCAAAUAAUUAAAAAAUCAGUAGUAGAAAUAGUCAGUCACCCUCACAGAUAUUUUGUAACUUAUUUCCAAAAAUGUUCCCUUAUGUAUAAAAAUGAGUUUCUGGCAUCAGUUUAAAGGAAUCAUCUUGUCUUUGUUUUAUUUCAUCGAAUACUGUAUGGUGCAAGGAAAGUACUAAGAUAAAGUAUUUUCUGCUAUUCUGCAUAUACUGUAUUUGCCAUAAAUGGAGUCCUAAAUAUCAUUAUUCUUAUAUAUAAAGUUAACAGUUCUUCAUGGA